AUGUUCGAAACCAAAGCGAUCGCGGCGGUUUCCGCGUGCGCCUCGUUGAUUGCCGUGCUCAGCUGCCUCGUCGUGAUCCCCGGAUUGUAUGAGGAGAUGCGAAGUCUCGAGUUCGAGGUCGCCGAUGUUGUUCAUGGGUUUCAUGCUGAAACCGAGCCGGCUUGGCAUGAUAUGAUGGAAGUUCAAUACUCGAUGGCUCCGCCCUCCAAGCCGGCCCCGAAUCCGUUCGAACCGCAUUUGCUCAAAAAGCGUCAGACCUACAGCGGCCUUCCGGGCUUCUGCCAAUGCGAGCCCGUCAAGCCCAACUGUCCUCCAGGACCCGCUGGGCCACCGGGCAAUCCCGGACCGCCCGGCCAGCCUGGAUUGCGAGGACCACCUGGCGCUGAUAAUCAUCACGUUUAUGAGCCGAUACGUUGUCCGCAUCAAGAACGCGCGUGUAUCAGAUGCCCGGCGGGUUUGCCGGGCUAUCCGGGACAUGAUGGUCCGCCGGGAAUGCCGGGACCCGACGGCAAGCCGGGAUUGCCAGGCUUCCCUGGACACGAUGGAAAGCCGGGAAAACCCGGUGAGCCUGGCGUCCCCGGCGGCCCUGGAAGGCCUGGCGAGAAUGGGCGGCCAGGUGCGCCGGGACGAGAUGGAAAGAAGGCGAUUGGCGUGCCCGGACAACCAGGCCGGCCUGGAUUCAUGGGCAAGCCUGGACAGCCAGGACAGCGUGGCAAAGAUGGCCGACGCGGAUUCGAGGGGCCGCCGGGACCACAAGGGAAGCCAGGGUUUCCCGGUGGCGCCGGGCUCGACGGCCAACCGGGUCGACCCGGAAAUCCGGGAAUUCCUGGACCAGACGCCGACUAUUGCAAGUGCCCGAAUCGCAAUUCUGGCUACAAUGUUCAACAACCUUAUUCGCCUUAUCAAAAUCAAGUUUAUGCUCCAUACAACCAGAAACGUCGGCGUUCUUAA